UUUUCUAUCCGGAAUUUACAAUAAGUUUUUAUCAUUGAUCUGUAUGAUCAUGCCAUGUUGCGACAUCUACAUUGCCUAAGUAGCCGAAUAUAGCCGUUCACUGACCGGAAAGCUGAUUAGGCCUACAUAACUUUAAUAAAGGAAUAAGAUCUGGGCAACAUGGAGCUGAAACGGCAAAUCUUGGUCACCACAGUAAGAGAAGGUUUCUCACUCAGCCCUCCCUAUAGAUACCCUGUCUGAAUCCAGAGGAGAGGUCUUUUACCUCUUAGUGCUCAUAUUUGGAACCCCCCCACCCCCUGUCAUCCUACAUACCUAUACCUUGCAUUCCUUUCCUGACCUUGAACCUCUUACCUCCAGCAUUCCUGUUCAAUUGUCUUCCACUCUCAUGGUGUUCUUCUGACUUGUUCCUUCUCUUCUCUUGACGUCUUCUCUUUUCUCUCUACUUCCUCUCCACAUUUCAUCUCUGUCUCAAUCCAUAGUGUAAUUUCCCCCCAAAACAUCUGCAUCCUUGCCUCUGUCCAACACAACGGCAUGAUGAGGAAACCACAAAACAUUCUGCUGCUGGCCUGUGUGGUCAUCAGCUCCGUGACAAUAUUCUACCUUGGCCUGAGCACCAUGGAAUGUCCGAGCCGCGGGCGUUGGCAUGGUAGUCAGGCCAGACGCUACGCCUGGGCCUCCCAGAACCCAGGACAGAACCAGAGCGGCGCGGCGGCGAUCCCGCUAGAGUACGACGAGAACACGCCCCUCAUCUUUGUGGGCGGCGUCCCGCGGAGCGGCACCACGCUGAUGCGCGCCAUGCUGGACGCUCACCCACUGGUGCGCUGUGGCGAGGAGACGCGCGUCAUCCCGCGCCUGCUGGCAAUGCACUCAACCUGGAGCCGCUCGGCGCGCGAGCGCAUGCGCCUGGAAGAGGCAGGGGUCACCGACGAGGUGCUGGAUGCCGCCGUCCGCGCCUUCCUGCUGGAAGUGAUUGUGGGCCACGGUGAGCCAGCGCCGCGCCUCUGCAACAAGGACCCCUUCACACUCAAGUCGCUGGCCUACCUGAGCCGCCUGUUCCCGCGCGCCAAGUUCGUGCUGAUGCUGCGCGACGGCCGCGCCACUGUGCACUCCAUGAUCUCGCGCCGCGUCACCAUCACUGGGUUCGACCUCAGCAGCUACCGCGACUGCCUGGUCAAGUGGAGCCGGGCGGCGGAGAGCAUGUACGAGCAAUGCCGCGAGGCCGGCCGCGAGAGGUGCAUGCUGCUGCGCUAUGAGCAGCUAGUCCUGGAGCCGCAGCUGGCCAUGCAGAAACUGCUGCGCUUCCUGGACCUGCCCUGGGACACAGCCGUGCUCCACCAUGAGGAGCUCAUCGGGAAGGCCGGCGGGGUGUCUCUGUCCAAAACAGAGCGGUCCACCGACCAAGUGAUGAAUCCGGUCAACACAGAGGCCUUGGUGAAGUGGGUUGGCAAGAUCCCAGCUGACGUGGUGAAGGACAUGGCAGACAUCGCGCCCAUGCUGAGCCGGCUUGGCUACGACCCUCAAGCCAACCCCCCCGACUACACGAAACUGCAGGAGCCUUCACAUGGGAACAGCAGCCUGCUGUUACACCGAAUUGUAGAAAGUCCUGAUCCCAGUUAGGACAGAUGCACAGCUGAUUAUCAUGAUGAUAACCAGUAUUGACCCAUGUCAUGCAGUUCUGUCCAGGGACCUCUAUGAGGGAUGGCGUUUGGUUUUGUUCAUGGGAUGAUUUUGUCUGACAGAAUAACACCUGUUUAUAUCCAUCCGUUGAAGACACAAUUUUCAUCAUUGCCAGUAAUCAUAAAUUACAUGUAAGGCCCGGUAAGGAGUUGCGGUCAUAAGCACAGGUUAUAAAAUUAACUUGGUGAAUGUCAAGUUGCAAGAUGUGCCAUAUUUCAGUGAACAUUUUUGUGCCAUUAUGUCUUCGAUUUAACUUUUGUGAUCAAGCACAUCUAUAUCCAGUAUUAAUGCAAAUACCAAGAGUAUUUUUGUGACAUCAUGUCAGACUUCAUUGUAUGUUGAUCAUUGUAUUUUGUGGAGCAAACAAAUGAUGUGUGGGCUCAGAGAUUAUUUAUUAAAGAGAGAUUUAUUUUUCAAAUGUGUUAUGUGUUUUACACACUAAAGACUACUCAAGAAUAAACAUGCACAAUUCAA